UAUUUGCGCUGCUAAGUGCUAAUAAAUAAACUUUGCCAUAUUUUGUAUACCAAUUCGUAUGAUAGCAAUAUAGCUUUGAACAAAGAAAAGUAUUUCUCGUUAAUCAGUAACAAAAAUUAAGAGCUUUUCUGUAAUUGUGUGCUGUGCGUCAUCGUUUGAAAAUUUGAUUUACUAUUAUGUCUAUCAAUGUAACUGUUAAACAAGACGAUGUGGAAGCAAGUUUACGGAAUCCGCCGAAUAUUCAUUACAUUCCGGCUACUAUUAGGGGAGAUGGGCCAGCCAAGGUGCAUCAGUAUUUCAAUUCCUAUACUGAAGAGCUCGAGGAUGAGACUCUCGUCAAUGCUUUACGCGGAUACCCACUACGCGGCAAACAUUUAAAUUUACCGGAUGGCUACAGUGGAAUAAUCUUGCAGGAGACACAAAAACCGUUGUCAGAACACGAGGAACGCAAAUUUACGUUUGGUGGCGCGUUUAAGCAGUUCACCUACUGGAAUUAUGAUAAAAUACCGUCUAGGAAUGAUCCGCUCGUAAAAGCUCUCGAUUGGAUCAAGGUUUCGCAGGUGCUUCACGAGCCGCUUGAUGCCGAUGAAAUUAAACAACCCAACGUAAAAGAAGAAUAAAGCUUAAAUGAUUUUUUACUUUUAUUUA